GCCCUGACUGACUCCACCGGCUCUGCCGGUCACCUCUCCCCUUUCCGAUCACUUCAGUUCUGCACUCGCCACUGUAGUGCGUGCUUCUCAGUCAGAGCCCCCGUUUAUAGUUUUUUUAACAGUUACGACGCACUGACUUUUUCGGACCGCCUUGCCCUUUCCCUCUCAUUUUUCUACAACCGGAAAAAGUCUUGUUCAUUUUGUUUUUCUCAUUCCGUGAUCCUUCUUCUCUUCUCCGUGUCUAACUCUGCGGAAUCACUCUGCGGAGGAAGAACACAGGGAAGGAAAUAAAGAGACUCGCAAUGGAUUUCGGAGCUGUCACCGCUAAAAAGUUCUCUAACGGCUACGGCGUGCCGGGAAAAUCUGCAUAUGACGGUGUUUUUGCCUCGCCUGUGAAGUUUAGAGCUCCUAGUUUGGCCUCCUCUUUUGAAGAUUACUGUGAAAUUUUUGGUGGUUCGGAAGCUACUAUAGGAUCAUCGAUUCCGGUUCUUGAAGUUCCUGAGCUCAAUGAAACAAAAAAUUUGCUCGACGUUCAGCGCUCCAAGCUCGAUUAUUCGAAGGUCUUCGGAGGGUUUGGGAAUCCGGAUACUGCUGUACCUUAUGAGGAGCUGUUUGCCGAGCCUAAGAAGAAAGACAGUUUCCACAAGCGAGCACCUAGCCAAGAUAAAGGAGGAAACCUAUCUAGCCAAGGAGAUUCUUCUAUUUGUUCAAACCAGGUCCCACGGGUGUCACAAGAAACAUCAUAUGGUGCCAAAAAAAUCAAUAUGUCAUACCACAAAAUUAACCAAGGAAGUGAGAACAUAAACAAUGGCACAACGCACAUAGCUCAGCUCCAUGCUGUCCCUGCUUAUACUUGUUUAGUUGAAGAAGUCAAUCCAUUGAAGAUAAACAAAGAUGAGCAGUCUAUACCUGAAUUGCAGCAUGCUUAUCCUGGUAGUGAUUACGCAGAGGGAAUUAAAGAAAGGGAAUAUUGCACAAAAUCAGUUAAUGAUCCCUCACCUGACAGUUCUACAAAUGAGUUUUCCAAAGUUGGAGUCAGAUUUCAAGAUGGAUCUGAUUCGAUUAAUAUGUUUUUCAAUGCAUCUGAGGUUAGCCGUGGAAGUGAUAGUUCUAAGAAACUAUCUUCCAACGGAGGGGUUAAAGUUCAAGAGAGCUCUGAUUCAAUUAGUAUGUUUUUAAAUGCAUGUGAGGGUAAUCAUGGAAAUGAUGGAACGGAUUACAUUGAAGUGCCUAAAUUUCAGACUGUAGGAGGUAACUUGGAUGACCAUGGCCAUGCUGUGAGAUCAGUGGCAGCCCAAUGUCGACUAUCAGCAUCUGAAGCUGCUGCUAGUGCUGAUUCACCAGGACACUUAGAUGACAUGAUAGAUUCAAGUUCAGAGGCAGCUGCCUCUGUGGCUGCUUUAAGGAAGGCAAUAGAAGAAGCUCAACAAAGAUUAAAAGUUGCCAAAGAUUUGAUGCAAAAAAAGAAAGAAGGUUUUCCUAAUCACGUAAAACGAAGACUCAAUAAUGACUUGAAAGCUGAAGGAAAAAAGGAAGACGAAUUCGUGAAUAAAGCAAUGAGACACGAAGGGACUAGUUUGGGUCAAACAUGUGGAGAAAUGGAUGUUUUACAACGAAAGUCUUCUGUGACUGGAAAGCCAAUGAUGAGAAAAGAGCAAAUAACCUUAGAUCUCAGGGCUGAAGAAAUGUUUGUGGCUAAAGACUUCGUGAGAGGACCAGAGAAACUUGAAUCAACUCUAGCUGAACAUAUUAAAGGGGAAGAAGGUGGACAUAAAGAGGCUGCUCACGAGGAAACACAUUUUGAUUCUAAAGAUGCAGAAAAUAACAAGGAAGUGUUAUACACUGUAGAUGACUAUCACUUGUGUGAGAAGAAUGCCGGUAAGAAUGCCUUUGGGAAGCAAGAAGAACCUCAUCAGCCAACAGAAGUGGUUGAGGGACCUUGUGAACCAGAGGCUAAUGAAGAAAAAAUCAAUGUAGAUGAUGAAGCAGGCGAUGAUGAAGAACUUGUGGAUAAAAAGAUGUUUAUGCAUGAAGAACUUGUAGAUGACACUAAGUUAGCUCAAGAAACACCUUCUGGAGCAAAAGACAAGAACUUGGAGUUAGAAGAUGAGCCAGUAACUGAUGAUAAGGUUGCACCUUUCCUUGAACAGGAGGACUCUGAAAGAACGAUAGGUGAGGAGGGGAAGUCAAUGGUGGAUGAGAAAAAAAUCAAAUGUAAAUCAGAAGAUGAGGAAAAGGUCGAAGGACCCUGUGAGCAGGAAGAAUGUUCAAGAAAAUUGAGGGAUCAUCAGGAAUUCAUUGAGCUCAAGAAGAAUGAUACUCAGGAGGAGAUAGAAAGUGAGGAGAAGGUUGAAUCUUUCAGUCGUCUAAAGGAAUUUGAGUUGAGGGAGGAUAUGAAGUCCAUCGAAAGUAGUAAACCAUCCAAUAUUCAUGACUCGUGUUUGAUAAUUAUGGAAAGACAGAUGGAGAAUUGGAGCUUUGUAGAAGAACAAAAGAAAAUGAAGAAAGCUGUUCUUUUGGCUCUAAAUCAUGAGACAGAACAUCAUUAUCAGAGAGAAGGCAAUGAGAAUAGGUUUGGCAAUAUCCAUAUGCAGGAAAUUCUGGAGGAUAUUCUGGGCCAUACUGAUGAUGAGGAAGAAUUUCAUGAAGUAAUGCUAAAAGAUAGUGACUUUGAUAGAGGUGACCAAGUUGAAGAUGCCAAAGAGGAUGAGAUGGAAAUCAAAGGAGCUACUUAUCUGACUGAAGAAACUGAGAAACAUAGCAGUGAGCCAGCAAAAAUCUGUGAGGAGAAAAAAACUGAGGAAGCUGAUAGAACCAGAGAAAUCAGUCCUAACAAUGAGCUCGAUGGUGAUAACUCAAGCAAAAUUGAAGUAGCUGCUGAUACAACAGUUGAAUGUGGUAAAAUUCCAGAAGUAACUCCAGAAGAGUAUUCUCUUAGCGAGCAAGAUGAAAUACUGGUAGCAAGUAAUGCUUCACCCCAGCAUGAAGAGAAAUGCAAUGGACCAGAAUCUCUUGAAGUGAUUAACAAUCUUAGGGAACUGGAGCUUACAUCCACAUUGGCUCAAGGUGCCCUUCAACACAAUGAAGCAAUGAACCAGAUGCAGCAUGCCAAUGAAACAGUUUCCUUUGACAGCGCUGCCACAGAUAUUGGUGAUCCUCAUGAAAAUGCGGAGCAAAAUCCUAAUGAUUGCUGGGAAGAAGCUGAAGAUAACUGUAAUUUGGCAAUGCCUGUUGAAGAACCAUCUCCCGAAUUGCGAGACGUCUUUAAAUACAUGGAGGAGGAUGAAGAUGGCUUGAAGGCCAAGAUAGAUGAAAAUCGAUGCAACUCCUCUUAUGAGGAAAUCUUGGUUGACAAUGAAAGUAGCAUGGAAGCAUCCCAACCACCUCUUAUGCCUGAAUGGAAAUCCAGCACCUUUGGUUGUCAAGAGAUUGAACAAGCUCACAGCAAUCUAAAGAAGAAUUAUGAAGCAGCCCUAACUAUGGAAGAGAAGAAAGCAGAUGAGACAUCACAAAAGCUGAAGCCAGAUGUGGACCACCUCAAGAAAAAUGAAGGAGCAAAAGAAAAGCAAAGAGAAAGAGAAAGAGACAAAGAGAAAAUAGCCGUAGAAAGAGCAAUCCGAGAAGCACGUGAAAGGGCAUUUGCAGAGGCCCGAGAAAGGGCUGCUCUGGAGAAAGCUGCUGCUGAAGCUCGUAGAAAAAAUGUUUCUGAUGGACGGGAAAGGCUAGUAAAGACCACAGGUCAGGCAAAUGAAAAGACAUCAACUGAGAGGGCGGCUAUGGAAGCAAAACUCAAAGCUGAGCGUGCUGCUGUAGAGAGAGCAACUGCAGAGGCACGGGCCCGGGCCCUAGAAAGGGCACUGUCUGAGAAGGCUGCUUCUGAAUGGAGAAACAAAUCUGACAAGUUUUCCACAGAGAAGUCUUUUGGUGCUUCAAGAGAUAAUGGAAUGAAGACAAACUUCCACUCCAAAUCUUUCAGCUAUGGCGAUACAUUUGAUGGAGCUAAUGGAGACUCUGCUCAGAGAUGCAAAGCUAGGUCUGAGAGGCAUCAAAGAAUAGGAGAACGUGUGGCAAAAGCUCUGGCUGAAAAGAAUGCCCGUGAUCGUCUUGUGCAGAAGGAGCAAGAGGAGAGAAACAGGGUCGCAGAAGCUCUCGAUGGUGAUGUUAAAAGAUGGUCAGGUGGCAAGGAAGGAAACUUGCGGGCAUUACUUUCGACAUUACAAUAUAUACUUGGGCCCGAUAGUGGUUGGCAGCCGACUCACUUGACAGAUAUAGUAAGCACCACAGCUGUAAAGAAAGCUUACCGUAAAGCCACUCUUUUUGUGCAUCCAGACAAGUUGCAGCAGCGGGGAGCAAGCAUUCAGCAAAAGUACAUUUGUGAGAAGGUCUUUGAUCUUCUAAAGGAGGCCUGGAACAAGUUCAACAUGGAAGAAAGGUAAACAAUUCUGGAGGCUGCGCUUCACAUGGUACGCAAGGGAAGUGACCAUUCUUCAAAGCAUUUUUGUUCAUUGUAAAGUGUAAUCAACGCGCCCAAAAUAUAAAGGUGUAAUCCCCACGCUGGGCAACAUUUAAAAUCUGCAAUGUAAAAGCAGUUCCAGUCCCGUCUACAUGUAAUGAAACUUUUAUUAUGCAUUCGUCAA